AUGGCAGGUUCUGCUGGGAAGGAAGGGGAUGGGGAUGAGGGCCUGGGCAUUGGGGAGUGUCUCUCGGUCCUCCGUGGUCCUCAACCUUUGGACCUGAUCCCCUCUCUUCUCUUCGCAGAGCUGCUGGCUGCAAAGAAGACCCACACCUCACAAAUUGAAGUGAUCCCUUGCAAAAUCUGUGGGGACAAAUCAUCUGGGAUCCAUUACGGGGUUAUCACCUGUGAGGGGUGCAAGGGUUUCUUCCGCCGGAGCCAGCAGUGUAACGUGGCUUACUCCUGCACCCGUCAGCAGAACUGCCCCAUCGACCGCACUAGCCGAAACCGAUGCCAGCACUGCCGCCUACAGAAAUGCCUGGCCCUAGGCAUGUCCCGAGACGCUGUCAAGUUUGGCCGCAUGUCCAAGAAGCAAAGGGACAGCCUGCAUGCUGAGGUGCAGAAACAACUGCAACAGCGGCAACAGCAGCAAAGGGAACAAGCAGCCAAGACCCCUCCUGCAGGAGCCCAAGGAGCAGACCCCCUCGCCUGCACCUUGGGGCUCCCAGAUGGGCAGCUGCCCCUGGGCUCCUCGCCUGACCUGCCGGAGGCCUCAGCCUGUCCCCCCAGUCUCCUGAGAGCCCCAGGCUGCGGGCCCUCCUACGCCAACAGCUUGGCCAAGGCUGGGCUCAAUGGGGCCUCAUACCACCUGGAAUACAGCCCUGAGCGGGGCAAGACCGAGGGCAGAGAGAACUGCUAUGGCACAGGCAGCCAGCCGGCCCCUGACAGGUGUGGACUCCACUUCGGGGACCCCAGGCACCCUGGACUUGGGGAACCAGGACGGGGCCCGGACAGCUACUUCAGUCCCAGUUUCCGCAGCACCCCAGAGGCACCUUAUGCCUCCCUGACGGAGAUUGAGCAUCUGGUGCAGAACGUUUGUAAGUCCUACCGAGAGACGUGUCAGCUGCGGCUGGAGGACCUGCUCGGACAGCGCUCCACCGUCUUCUCCCGAGAGGAGGUGGCCGGCUACCAGAGGAAGUCAAUGUGGGAGAUGUGGGAACGCUGUGCCCACCGCCUCACCGAGGCCAUUCAGUACGUGGUGGAGUUCGCUAAGAGGCUCUUGGGCUUUAUGGAGCUCUGCCAGAACGACCAGAUCGUGCUACUCAAAGCAGGAGCCAUGGAAGUGGUGCUGGUCAGGAUGUGCCGAGCCUACAAUGCUGACAACCAUACAGUCUUUUUUGAAGGCAAAUACGGUGGCAUGGAGCUCUUCCGAGCCUUGGGCUGCAGCGAGCUCAUCAGCUCCAUCUUUGACUUCUCUCACUCCCUGAGUGCCUUGCAUUUUUCCGAGGACGAGAUUGCCCUCUACACGGCCCUCGUCCUCAUCAAUGCCAACCGGCCAGGGCUCCAAGAGAAAAGGAAAGUAGAACAGUUGCAGUACAAUCUGGAGCUGGCCUUUCAUCAUCAUCUCUGCAAGACUCAUCGCCACAGCAUCCUGGCAAAGCUGCCGCCCAAGGGGAAGCUUCGGAGCCUGUGUAGCCAGCAUGUGGAAAAGCUGCAAACCUUCCAGCAUCUCCACCCCAUCGUGGUCCAAGCUGCUUUCCCUCCACUCUACAAGGAACUCUUCAGCACUGAAAUUGAGUCACCUGAGGGGCUGUCCAAGUGAUCUGGAGGAGGGACUCUGUUCCCUUCCCUAGAGCCUGGUGGCUUACCUUCCCCUUGGCCUUUUCCUUUACUGUGCGCCCUGGAGAGUGGUCUCUGCCUGUUUUUUUUUGGGGGGGGUGAGCCAAUGCAGAGACUGGCUUUCUGCCCACCAGCCUGCCUGGCAGCAGGCCAAGAGCUAGAGGGUGGGGAUGGAGGAACACCAUCUCCAGCCUCAGGUUUGUCCUGGCUCCUCUCAGCUUCUGGGAGACCUCGGGUGGGAUACAAGGACCUCUAGGAGGACCUAGGUAUCCUCAGGACAACAGGGGGAUCCAGGACACCCUGGACAAACAGAACUCAACUCUGGGUUCAGAAGCUAAGAAUAGGCCUUUGAAAUACCUCAUUGCAUUUCCCUGGGGGCUUUGGCUGGGGAGAUGCCUCAAGCUCAGAGACUGGCAUCUGGAACCCAGAAGGACCUGUAUAUAACAUGAACCUGGAUCUUCAGAUUUUCUGCCUUCCCCCUUCCUCCCAGCUCAGCAAGGAAAUUGUUGGGCACCCUGGGGUCUAAAAAAGACUAGAUAUGUGGAGGG